GCCAUUCACGGAUCAUAACUAAGUUUAGCUGCCCGGCGCUCUUGGUGGAGGAUCUUCUGGGGGUCCCAGCGCCGGGAGGGCUGCGGGAGCCCCUUGCCUCUCCUCAGAGGCCUGCUGGCGUUUUGGUUGUCACAACACAAGGACACGAGUCAGAAGAGCAGUUCAGGGGUGGCUGCCAGCCGGGGUAGGAGCCCAGUCCAAGGUGGUGGCUGUGAGGAAACGCUGUUGUUAAGUGGGAGGUACCUUCUGGGGGUGUUUGGUGGAAGACAAGUCAGCCCCGGCCAUCAUCGUAAAAGCUCUGACCUUUUUCUUAGCUGAAUCUAAAGAGCUCAGUGUGAGCUACUACAGAAACAGUUAGGGUAUUAUGUGGUUUCACAGAUGUACUUCAUACAGAUCUGUGGGUUUCAAGCUUAAAAGUUCGGUGGAAGCACAUCUGUCAAAACAUAUUCUAAUGCUUCAGGAUGCGUUCAUUUUCAUAUGUGAACAAAGAAGAGUUUAUUGAACCUGUUUCCUUUCUCCAGCAGAGCACAACAAAAAGCUAGUGUCAUGCUGAUGAAAGAGGGUGCAGUGGUCAGACAGAAUGGCUCCAGUGAACCAGGCAAAGGACAAGAAGCAUGAGAAGGCACAUGAGCAUUGGCCGGAAGAGGCGAAAUCAGCUGGGAAGAGGAAACUGGACUACAAGGAACUAGGGAAUGAGCCACAAGCAAAGAGGUUGUUUGUGAGAAAAACAUCCAAACCUCCAGCGAAAAUCGGUUGGAGUAGAGGUGCGUCCAUGAUGAGAAACAACAGAGUCCUCUUCCAUCAGCUGGAGCGGCAGUGCAGCAUUGUUCAUUACGUGUACCAGAACAUGCUGGGAGGCUCCAUUCGGGCACAGCUCAGGCAGUGUCUGCAGCUGCCCUUCCUGCGCUCUCUUGCCUCAUACCGCCUCUUUCGAACAGCAAGUCCCUUUGACAGGAGGGUGACAUGCCUGGAAUGGCAUCCAACACACCCUAGUACUGUAGCUGUUGGUUCCAAAGGUGGAGACAUCAUCCUUUGGGACUAUGAAGUACUUACUAAAACCUGCUUCAUAAAAGGGAAGGGGCCAGGAGAUUCUCUUGGAGACAUCAAGUUCAGUCCUUAUGAGGCAGCGAAGCUUUUUGUGGCAUCAGGGGAUGGCACCCUAAGCCUGCAGGACCUUGAGGGCAGAGCGGUGCAGGUGAUCUCCCGUGCCCCGGACUGUGGCCAUGAGCACCAUAAUGUUUGUUGCUGGUACUGCAGCGUUGAUGUUUCUGCGAGCUGCCGGGCGGUGGUGACCGGUGAUAAUGUGGGCAACGUGGUUCUGCUCAGCACUUCUGGGGAAGAGAUUUGGAAGCUGAAAUUGCACAGGAAGAAAGUGACUCACGUGGAGUUUAACUCCCGAUGUGAGUGGCUGCUGGCCACAGCGUCUGUGGAUCAGACAGUCAAAAUCUGGGACCUCAGAAACAUCAAAAACAAAAUGAGUGUUCUUCAUGUGCUUCCUCAUGAGAAACCUGUCAAUGCAGCUUACUUCAGCCCAACAGAUGGUGCCAAGCUCCUCAGCACGGACCAGCAUAGUGAAAUCAGGGUUUACUCAUCUUCAGACUGGACCAAGCCACAGCAUCUGAUCCCACAUCCACAUCGGCAGUUUCAGCACCUCACACCUAUUAAGGCAACGUGGCAUCCUCGCUACGACCUCAUUGUGGCAGGUCGCUACCCAGACCCCAAGUUCCCGGGGUACACAGUGAACGAGCUACGAACUGUUGAUGUAUUUGAUGGCAACACUGGGGAGAUGGUUUGUCAGCUCUACGACCCAAACGCUUCUGGCAUCAUCUCGCUCAAUAAAUUUAACCCUAUGGGGGACACGCUGGCUUCUGGCAUGGGCUUUAAUAUUCUGAUCUGGAGCCGGGAGGAGAUGGUGGCCAAGAAGCAAGAACAUCUUUUGAAAGCCAUGACAGAACAGGGGAUUGGAAGCUGGAGUUUGUCCAGAUGUGGAGGGCAGAGGCAGGCAAAACCUGGGACAAAGAAACUCAAAGCUAACUUUGUAUUGGGAGCUGGAGGAGAUGGGAACAAAAAGCAACGAUUCUAAAUCACAAAAUCCCAGGGAAGGAAGUUAAAAGGGAAGGAUCUGGAGAACUGAUUUAGUAUUUUGGUCCUUUCUGGAUCACAGGGUACAAAUUCAGUGUUGGCAAUGGGCAGUAUAAGCCGUGCAGGGCAUUAGACUUCUACUUUGUCCUUCCUCCCUGGAUCUGAUCCUGCUUCCCUCAUUCUCAUUGCUUCCCUUUCUAGAAAGUUGUGUCAGUACUCGGUUCCUCCUCCACGUGGAGUUACCACCCACUUUCUGAGGCAUUAGGAAAACUUCAGAGAUGUUCUCACAUCCUGCUGAAGUUACUGCUUCCAGCCUGCUACAUCUGCUUGUCAUCUCUUGUCAGAGGUUACCACCUCCUGUAGUCUACUGUGGAGCAGCUCCUGACAGGGUCUCCAGCCUGUUCUAGUCAAACCGAGCUGAGAAACCCUUUGCUAACAAGAUUAACAUCCUGGAAAGGUAGAAUGUUCAGAAGGGUGAGGCAAUGGGUAGCUCAGAGAACAUCAAACUCAUAUGCAAGCUUGGAGAACGUGUACCAAGACCUCAGGCUUAGCCUAUUCUGUGCUUGCAGCUGUUUAACUAGACCAUAAAGAACAUGCUGCUGCCAGAGCUCUUACUCACCUCAUGGGAUGCAAGGGCAGUGUGGAGCUGGGAACUUACUGAUGCUGUAGUUGCUGUUGUCAGAGCUCGAGGCUUUUUUCUUGCCACUGAUGGGUAAUUUGUUUCAGCCAUGCCUCUGUGCUUCGGGACGUUGGCUAAAGGCGAUGUAAAGCAGAUGUGAGGAACGUCUUUGAAACACCCCUGCUCAGAGCCAAAUCUCAAGACUGCUGUUAAACUGAAAGGUUUUGCUUUUUCUAGUUUGUUUACAAGGCUGCCCGGGGCCCUGCUGCUGUCCCAGGGGCUGGGGGCUGGGACGGGCUCCAGGCCUGCUCACAUUCUCUGUGUUCACUUUUAUAGUUUCACAGUAUUGAUUAUUAAUAAAGUUUUGUACUAAACUAAAGUUCUUCAA